GCGCGCGGGCCGGGCCGGGCCGGGCCGGGGCCGGGGCGGGGGGCGCCGCCCCCAGCGUCCUCCCGCAGCCCCGGGAGCGAGGAGCCAAGGCGAGGGCGAGGCUGAGCGGGGCCGGAACCAUGAACCGGAGCUUCCACAAGUCUCAGACCCUGCGCUUCUACGACUGCAGCGCGGUGGAAGUCAAGAGCAAGUUUGGGGCUGAGUUCCGGAGAUUUUCCUUGGACCGUCAGAAGCCAGGGAAGUUUGAAGACUUCUACAACCUGGUGCUUCACACGCACCACAUCUCCAACACGGACGUGACCAUCGGGUACGCCGAUGUGCAUGGCGACCUGCUGCCCAUCAACAACGACGACAACUUCUGCAAGGCAGUCUCGAGUGCCAACCCCCUGCUCAGGGUCUUCAUCCAGAAACGAGAGGAGGCCGAGCACUGCAGCUUCGGGGCGGGCUCCCUGUCCCGCCGCAGGAGGGCGCUGGCGCUGCGCGAGGACGGGCCCCGCCGGCGCGCGCACCUGCACAUCGGCCUGCCGCGCGACUUCCGCCCGGUGUCCUCCAUCAUCGACGUGGACAUCCUGCCCGAGACGCACCGCCGCGUGAGGCUCUACAGGCACGGCUGCCAGAAGCCGCUGGGCUUCUACAUCCGCGACGGCACGAGCGUGCGCGUGGCCCCGCAGGGCCUGGAGAAGGUGCCCGGCAUCUUCAUCUCGCGCAUGGUGCCCGGCGGCCUGGCCGAGAGCACGGGGCUGCUGGCCGUGGACGACGAGGUCCUGGAGGUGAACGGCAUCGAGGUGGCCGGGAAGACGCUGGACCAGGUCACGGACAUGAUGAUCGCCAACAGCCACAACCUCAUCGUCACGGUCAAGCCGGCCAACCAGAGGAACAACGUGGUGCGCGGCGGCCGCGCGCCCGGCAGCUCGGGCCGCUCGUGGGACAGCGCGCCCGGCCGCCACAGCCUGCCCGCCGCGCCCGCGCCCGCGCCGCUGCCGCCCGACGACGCGGACAGCGACGACGAGCCCGACGUGGUGCUGGAGGGCGUCCUGGAGCCGCGGCCCGCGCCCGGCGGCCAGGCGCGCGUCAACGGCGCGGGCGCGGCGCACCGGCUGCUCAGCUCGCUGCGCGCCGACCCGCGCCAGGGCCUGGCGCUGCCGCUGCCCGCGGGCGCCGUGGAGGAGCACGGCCCGGCCGUGACGCUGUAGCCGCCGCGCGCCGCCCCCACGGCGACCCGGCCUCUGGGCGGGACGCCCCGAUACGCCUGUGUUUCUAGAAGGUCUCCAGGGCCGCGAAGCCGCACCCUCGCGCAGCCGGGGCGCAGCCGGCGCCGGGCCCAGCGCUUUCGUGAAGGAAGUGGCAGGAGGGGUCCGGCCAGGCGC